GUCCAGGAUUUUAUAGGUGGCGCUAAUAAAAGAAUUGCAAAAUUUUCUGAAACAUUUUUUCUACGCUAAAAUUGGUUUUCUUACCCUACCUGAGUACAGUAGACAAAAUGAAGUGUCAUUAUGAAGUUCUGGGUGUACAAAGGAACGCUACAGACGAUGACCUAAAGAAAUCGUACAGAAAGUUAGCCUUAAAAUGGCAUCCAGAUAAGAAUCUAGCAAAUCUUCAAGAGGCUACCGAGGUGUUCCGUGUCAUACAGCAAGCCUAUGAUGUACUCAGUGACCCCCAAGAAAGAGCCUGGUAUGACAAACACAGAGAAGCUAUUCUUAAUGGAGGUAUGGGACAUGGUGAGGAUUAUCAAGAUAAGAAGGUGGAUGUCUAUCAAUACUUCAACACAGCUUGCUACCAAGGAUAUGGGGAUGAUGACAGUGGCUUCUAUGCUGUCUAUCGUGAAGUGUUUGCACAGAUUGCUGAAGAAGAUUAUGCCUUUAUGGGAGAUGACAGAAACAGUAUAUCAGAACUGCCUGGCUUUGGGGACAAUCUCAGCUCUUAUGAAGAGGUGGUUGGACCAUUCUAUGGUUAUUGGGAAUCCUAUUGUACGGCAAAGUCCUAUGUUUGGAAGGAGAAAUACGACACCAGAGAGGCACCAGAUAGAUGGAGUCGUAGAGCUUCUGAGGCGGAGAAUAAAAAACUUAGAGAUGCAGCCAAGAAGGAGAGAAAUGAAGAAGUUCGAGCACUUGUUGCAUUUGUGAGGAAGAGAGACAAAAGAGUUCAAGCGCAUAGGAAAAGGUUAGAGGCCAGAGCAGAAGAGGUUAAGAAAUUGGCAGAAGAGAAAAGGCAGAGAGACAAGAGAGAAAGACUUGAGAAUAUGAAAUCAUUUAAGCAAGCAGAUUGGAGCGCAACAUCCGAAAAUGACCUUGAGAAGUUAGAGGCUCAGUUAGUUGACACUCAUGGGGAUGAAACGCCAGAAUAUGAUAGUGAGGAAGAAGAAGAGGAAGAAGUGCUUGAUGACCUGUUCUGUGUGGCAUGUAAUAAAGCAUUCAAAUCAGACAAAGCGUUUGCAAACCAUGAGCGAUCUAAGAAACAUAAAGAAAACAUAGCAUUCCUUAAAGCUCAUAUGGCAGAGGAGGAAAAUCAGCUAGGUGCUAAUGAAGAUGAUGAUAUAGAUGAUGCACUAGGUGAUGAUCUGGAUGCAACAGACAAUGUCGACUUUGCUAUAGGCUCCAGUGAAGAUGAGACAACAGUUCAACAGACACCAUCUAAAUCGAAAAAGUCUAAGAAACAAAAGAAGAAGCAAAAGCAAAUGGCAAAGUUUGCACAACAGAAGGAGGAGUCUGAUGAAGAAGUAGUGAACGGUAUUGAAUCUGUUAGUCUAGAAGAGAGCCAUUCUGAAGUGAAACCAACCACCAAAGAUAGCAAUGAUGCAGAUAAUGAUAGAGUCACUCCUGAUGUUACACAAGCUGUUAUUAAUGGAGAUCUUAAUGAAAAUCUAGAGGAAAGUAAAGGAACUGAAGUGGAAUCUCCAGAAAUAAACACUGAAGCAUCUGAAACAACAGAUACUACUCAAAAGAAUACAAAAGAUGAAGAUAUAGCAUCAAAAGAAGAUAACACAAAUGAUAAAACUGAUAUACCAAAAAGUAAAAAUAAAAAGCAGUCACAAAAUCAGGAGAUGAAGGGAGUACCUGCAAACUGUAACACAUGUAAACGUACAUUUCCCUCUAAAAGUAAACUAUUCCAACACCUCAAGCAAACUGGGCAUGCUUUAAGACUUGACAAUGAACCAGCACCAGUUGCUGAGGCUCCUAAGACUAAAAAAGGAAAAAAGAAAGGAAAGAAAGGAAAAUAUACCAAUGAUGAUGAUUUCUAGUGAAUAGUUAACUUACAAGUGGAUGUGAAUGAGAUGAGGGAAAUACGUGAAAAUGGUGUAUUAGUAAAGUACUACUA